CGGUGGAAUUCAGGGGGUUAAAUUGCUUCUUUAAAAGAAAGAUUUGAUCCAGAUAGAAGCAAAAAAACGCCAAACCAUCCAACUUUUUUGGAGGGAGGGAAGGAUGGGUACCUAUUUAAAGUUAUAACCAGUUGAAAUAUUGAAUUAAGUAUAUAUAGGCAGAUAUUUCAUAACAGCACAGCUUUUCAAGGAUGGUGAGGUUUUCCCCAUUAGUUACAUGGGUUACUUAUGUCAUUGUUAUUUUCCUCUGGUAUUGCUCCUGGCUAUUUACACAUCACCUAUUUUAAAGAAAAGUCAUUCUGGGGAAUUAUGAAGCUGGGGGAAUUGUUUAUUUAGGCAUGCUCAUCCAGGAAAGGACUGGUGGGUUAUGUCUGCCCUUCUCCAGGGCAUUUACGAUAUCUCAUGCUCAGAAGACAUGUUUUCCUCAGACAUGCACUAAACCGUGCUCUGGUUGUAUGGCAGCAGCAGAGGGACAAGGUUUCCUCAUAAGGAACACCCGGCUGGAAAAGUGCAUUCGCAUUUCCCACCACGAGACCAACUCCAUCAGCCUGACCGACUGCGAGGUGCUGUCCCAGCAGCAGCAGUGGAGCUGGGAUCCCACCACCGGGACCAUUGUCAGCCUUCAAACGAAGCAGUGCUUGUCAGCCCACAAGAUGCUGGAGAAUACCCUGGUCAAGCUGGAGCCCUGUGGGCACUGGGAACGCCAAGCAUGGUCCUGCAGCAAGAAGGGACACUUGACUCUGCAGAGCUUGGGAUUGCACCUCAGCACCAAGGAAGGCGGCCACAAGGUCUUUGUCACGAAGAAGAAGGACAAAUUCAGCAGGUGGAAGACUUUAGCAGAUGAAGCCAUCUGUGCUGCUGCCCAGACAGCAGCUCUGAUGCCCAGCAAACCAACGCAACAGGCUGUAGACACACGUGUGUGGAUCUAUGAAACUAAAACCAUUGAUUCAAAGAUUGAUGCCAUGGACAGAGAACCUUCUGUGAGCUUGACUGACCCACCGCUGGCUAACAGAUUUAACAGCACAGUGCCUCCAACGAAGACUAAACAGGCAUCCCUCCCAGCAAAUGAUGAUGUGUCCCACAAUCACUCUAAAAAGCACCACGGAAAUCGAGGGAAAAAUGCUGGGGCCAGGCUUGCAGGUACCAACUGGAAGACGGCCAUGCUGGUCCUCAGCCCCUUGGCAUUCAUACUGGGAUUAAUAAUACUGACACUCAAUGUUCAUUACAACAAGAAGAAGAAAAUCCUCUCUGCUCUGAAGAGCUCCCCAGCCAACGGCAGCAGAGCUGACUUACGGGAGCCAUCUCCCUUACGAAGAGGUCCCCAGACGUACCUUCCACCAUCUCGCUCCCCUUCCUUGAGGCACGGAGAGAUCCUCAUCGAGUGGAAAGACGGGACUGUCACUCCUCUUUUUGACAAUGCCAAUUAUCAAAUGGACUAGCUCCGAAAUAAUGGAGCUGUUGUUCCAUCCUGUGUCACUCUUCCCACCAGGAAAAGUGCCACCAUAGCCAAUCUCCUCCCUAGCCUUGCUGUUUUGACAGGGAGUUGUAAGCACUGUUUGGGUUUUUUUUAACACUUGAGAAGAAUCUCCUUGCACAGCACGAGGUUGAAGCAAGCAGAGCAGAUUGUUCGGUUUGUAUAGGCACACGCUGCUUAGCUCUUCCAGAGCCGAUUUAACCCGUAACAAAGCCCAGAUUUAGCUCAGUGAAGCCAAGACUCUCGCCAGCUGCAACUGUCCAUUGCCCUAAAAUUCUAGAGUUACUGAGCAUAUGAGAAAGUAAAACCCUGGAGACAAGGUGCAAGGUGAAAAACAGAAGUCCUGACAAUCCUUAAAUCCUUUUUAAGAUAAAACUAGCUGCCAACAGACACAGAAGGCUGUCAGUUACGUUGUCAACGUGAGAACAUAACUAACAAGCACUGCCUUCAGGACAUCCUGAUAUCUGCCAAAAUACUCCCCCCACUAAGUUAUCAGUUAAGUAACAGCAAGUCAUUUUUCUAACUUAAAAGAUAGCACUCCAUCAUCCUCUCUGCAUCACUGCAAGAGUCCUGCUGAGAGAGUAUGUGUCUUUUAAAAUAUUUCUAUAUUUAGGAUGUAUUAGACCUUAUUAUAACACACAUCCUCUUUCUUUAUGUAGAAUGACAAGUAACCUUGGUGAUGCUUGUCAGGGAUAUUACAUUAUCCAGCCAUUUUAUACCAGCUUCAGUCUCCGAUUUCCUAUAGCCAUAUGGAAUAGCCAAUGAACAGAUAUACUGCUCCCUUCUGGAGCAAUAACACAGUGGUUUUUUUCCCUGGAAAACAGUAAGGCACUGUUUUCAGCCUUUACAUUUCUUGUUUGAGCAUAAUUACCUGUGACUGUCACACCCAAUCCUGAUCUUUUCUCAGUGAAAUUUGCAAUGUCUUAGUGCUUUCCUAAUAUUAAUGAAUUUAUACUUUCCUUGUCUCUGAUCUUGUGAUGAUAUAAACUGUAAUCAUGGCUAUAAAUCAGGAAUUAUUUGGAGAAAGAAAUACUAACACCAAGAAAUUACAAGUAUGACCUGCAUCAGUAUAUUUGUUCAGCAGUGGAGCUGAACUGAGUCUCUUAGACUUAAACAUUUUUCACUUUACCUAAAUUAACUUGUGCCAUUUCAGUGGAGCUUGGACUUCUCUAGAGUUUGAUUUUACUUAACCUAAGGCAGAAGUAAGGUCUCUAGGGAAUUUAAAGUCUCUGAUUUAUUGUUUUCUUCAUCUUUCUUCUUAAACAUAGAUCCACAUCCUGGUAAAAAGCUAAAUGCCACAAGAUGCUACUACAACCAAAAACUUAACUGGUGUCAAGAAAGAAAAUACAAACCUUAUUGGUUCAGGGCAUAAAAAUCAUAGAGGUUGGAAAUAAAUGUCUUCCCCAGACAGAUUAUUCCAUAAUUACUCAGUGGAGGGUUUCCCACAUGCUCCUUGGGAAAAUAUUUUACUACUAGACAUGGACAAAGGAAGAACUCUUUCUUCACCAGUGAGCAGCGAACACAAACAACACAGUCAGAAUUAAAUUCUGACUGUCGGAUGUUUCCACUUUAAAACAAAUCCAAAGACUGUUGGGUCAAGUUUCCAAAUGCGUAAGCAUCAUUUUACACACAAAAUUUAUGGGGAUACAUUCUGUACAUAAAUCGCUAAAAACACACACGCAGCGCCUCACCAAUUAUCACAGCUACUUCCCUUGUACCUUUUUUCUACCACAAUUAAGAUGCCUGCCUUUGAAAUUUUGUCCAAAGGGCACAUUGCCUUACAAUGCAUAGCACAUGUUACUCUCCAAAACCUUGACGCAUUUUGGGAACACUGUGUACGCAGUGCCAUUAAAAUGGAAAUACUUACUUGGAGUUCAGCUAAUGUAUUGUUUUCCAAAGCAACAAGUGCUUAUGUUCAUUACUGCUGAAUGGGCAGAACACGUGACUUGCUAAUGACUCUCCAUAAUUCAUAGUUAAUAUGCUAAUCUUGCUCAUAAACAUGAAGGCAAUAACACCAUUGUUUACAUAGCACUGAUUAAACGGUAGCUCAAACAAUAAAGAAAAAAUAAGACUGUGAAGCAGCACAGGCUUUUAACUACUUUCUCCCCCUCUCUUUUACUGGUUGUUCUACAUAUUUCUCACUGGUUUAGAUGCUAGAGACCAAAUUUUCCAAGGUAUGGACAGAGGACCUGAAGGUGUGAGUCUUCAUCAUGAGGGGUCUUAAAAAGCACGUUAGCCAAACGUGCAUCAGGAAACAAUCCAAAAUAGCUGAUUCUGCCUUGGGGCUGGACCUGGUGACAGUGGGAGAUGCCUCUGCUUCUAAAGCUAGCUGAGAAACACUCAGAGCAAUCACCAAUCUAUGUGCUGUUCUCUCUGCCAUAACCUGAACGUGAUGCUUGUAAAGAGUGUUCAUAAUCAAAAUAAAACCUGACUGUAAAGUGGAGGAGCACUGAAAUUGUUCAUGUG